AUGGCUACCACCUCGCACAUGUUCAUGUAUUCCCUGACGAUUCAGCCUCCGACUGCGAUCACUCAGGCCAUCUUGGGUCAGUUUGCUGGGACCAAGGAGCAGCAGAUCGUCACUGCGUCCGGUUCCAAGCUUACCAUCCACCGUCCGGACCCGACUCAGGGAAAGGUGACGCCAAUCUUCACACAGGAUGUCUUCGGCAUCAUCCGCUCGCUAGCAGCUUUCAGGCUUGCUGGAAGUAACAAAGAUUACAUUAUUAUCGGUUCCGAUUCGGGUCGUAUCACCAUUAUCGAGUACGUGCCGUCGCAGAACCGUUUCAACCGGAUCCAUCUGGAAACAUUUGGCAAGUCUGGUGUUCGCAGGGUAGUUCCCGGGCAGUACCUUGCCGUGGACCCCAAGGGACGUGCGUGCUUGAUUGCGUCUGUGGAGAAGAACAAGCUGGUCUAUGUUCUUAAUCGAAAUUCCCAGGCGGAACUGACCAUCUCGUCACCCUUGGAGGCACACAAGGCCCAGACGCUUGUGUUUGCCAUGAUAUCAUUGGAUGUGGGCUAUGAGAACCCUGUCUUUGCUGCCCUUGAGGUGGAUUACUCUGAGGCCGAUCAAGACCCCACCGGACAAGCUUAUGCAGAAAUCGAGAAGGUUCUGGUCUAUUACGAGCUUGAUCUUGGACUUAAUCAUGUGGUCCGCAAGUGGUCUGACCCCGUCGACCGCACUGCAAACAUGCUGUUUCAAGUCCCUGGCGGUGCAGACGGCCCCAGCGGUGUUUUGGUUUGUGCCGAGGACAGUGUUACAUAUCGACACUCCAAUCAGGACGCGUUUCGUGUGCCCAUCCCCCGGCGAAGUGGACCCACUGAGAAUCCGGAGCGGAAGCGGACCAUCGUCUCCGGAGUAAUGCAUAAGAUGCGAGGCGCAUUUUUCUUCCUUCUCCAAACCGAUGACGGUGACAUGUUCAAGCUCACGCUUGACAUGGUCGAAGAUGAUAAUGGUCAGUUGACUGGAGAAGUCCAAAGUCUUAAGAUCAAAUAUUUCGACACCGUCCCCGUUGCAUCAAAUCUUUUAAUUCUCAAAAGUGGUUUCCUUUAUGUUGCUAGCGAAUCGGGCAAUCACCACUUCUACCAAUUUGAGAAGCUUGGUGACGACGAUGUGGAGACUGAAUUUUCAAGCGACAAUUAUUCUGCCGACCCAUCCGUUCCCUACGAGCCCAUCUUCUUCCGCCCUCGCCCAGCCGAGAAUCUCAACCUCAUGGAGGUUUUGAGCUCUCUCAAUCCAUUGAUUGACAGCAAAAUUGCCAAUCUCACAGAGGAAGACGCCCCUCAAAUCUACUCAGUUUGUGGCACUGGCGCCCGCAGCACCUUCCGAACCCUCAAGCAUGGCUUGGAGGUUUCCGAGAUCGUUGAGUCGCAACUUCAAACUGCGCCUUCCGCUGUCUGGACAACGAAGCUGACGCGCAACGAUGAAUAUGACGCUUACAUUGUCCUUUCCUUCGCCAACGGCACCCUGGUUUUGAGUAUAGGUGAGAUCGUGGAGGAAGUCAGCGAUACCGGGUUUCUCUCUACUGCACCCACGCUGGCUGUGCAACAGCUUGGCGAGGAUUCUUUGAUCCAAGUGCAUCCACGGGGUAUUCGCCAUCUCCUUUCGGGUGGUCGAGUUAACGAAUGGCCCGCGCCCCAGCAUCGUUCCAUCGUGGCCGCUGCUACAAACGAGCGCCAAGUGGCCGUAGCCCUCAGCUCUGGUGAAAUCGUGUACUUUGAAAUGGAUACGGAUGGCACCUUAGCCGAGUAUGACGAGAGACGGCAAAUGUCUGGUACCGUCACCUCUCUCAGUCUGGGCCAGGUUCCCGAGGGGCGCAUGCGCAGCUCUUUCCUGGCUGUCGGCUGUGAUGAUUCCACUGUCCGUAUCCUCAGCCUUGAUCCAGAUUCAACUCUAGAGAACAAGUCGGUUCAAGCCUUGACUUCUGCUCCCUCUUCAUUGAACAUCAUGGCCAUGGCCGAUUCAAGCUCUGGUGGCACCACACUUUAUCUGCAUAUCGGUCUUUAUUCCGGUGUGUACCUUCGCACAGUCCUGGACGAAGUCACUGGCGAGCUGUCUGAUACACGGACACGCUUCUUGGGUGCAAAGCCCGUCAAAUUGUCCCAGGUCUCUGUCAAGGGCCAAACAGCCGUUCUGGCUCUUAGUUCCCGCUCAUGGCUUGGAUAUUCCGACACACAAACCAAGGGCUUUAUGCUUACUCCGCUGGAUUAUUCGCCCCUCGAGUGGGGUUGGAAUUUCUCCAGUGAGCAAUGUGUCGAGGGUAUGAUCGGUAUCCAAGGCCGUAACCUCAGGAUCUUCUCUAUCGAAAAACUCGACAACAACAUGCUUCAAGAAUCUAUUCCUCUUGCUUACACACCGCGUCGCUUUGUUCAACACCCUGAGCAACCGCUCUUCUACGUCAUUGAAUCGGACAAUAAUGUAUUGUCUCCUGCUACGCGGGAGAGUCUGAUUCAGGAUUCAAAGUCGCAUGCCAAUGGCGAUUCAGCGGUGCUGCCACCCGAAGAAUUCGGGUACCCUCGUGGCACUGGUCAUUGGGCCUCUUGCAUCCAGAUUGUGGAUCCUAUCUCUUCCAAGUCAGUCGUAUUUACACUGGAUUUGGAGGAAAACGAAGCAGCGGUCAGUAUUGCUGCCGUACCGUUCGCUAGCCAAGACGGCGAAACCUUUUUGGUGGUCGGCACCGCCAAGGACAUGGUCUCCUUGCCACCAUCUCAUGCUGGCGGCUUCAUUCAUAUUUACCGAUUCCAGGAGGAUGGGCGCGAGCUGGAGUUCAUCCAUAAGACCAAGGUUGAGGAGCCACCGCUUGCCCUCCUCGCCUUCCAAGGCAAGGUUCUUGCCGGUGUCGGCUCCAUUCUUCGUCUGUACGACCUCGGUAUGAAGCAGCUUCUUCGCAAGUGCCAAGCCCCUGUCGUUCCCAAGACUAUUGUGGGACUGCAGACGCAAGGCAGCCGAAUUGUGGUUAGCGAUGUCCGCGAGAGUGUGACUUAUGUUGUCUACAAGUACCAGGAGAACAUCUUGAUUCCCUUUGUGGAUGACUCCAUUGCUCGCUGGACGACCUCGACGGCUAUGGUUGAUUAUGAGACCACUGCCGGUGGUGACAAGUUCGGUAACCUCUGGAUGAUGCGAUGCCCGACGAAGGUCUCCGAAGAGGCCGACGAGGAUGGAUCCGGUGCCCAUCUGAUUCACGAGCGAGGCUACCUUCAGGGCACUCCCAACCGCCUCGAGUUGAUGGUUCACUACUACACGCAAGAUAUCCCGACCAGUAUCCACAAAGCUCAAUUGGUGGCUGGUGGUCGUGAUAUUGUUGUGUGGACUGGCUUCCAAGGCACAAUUGGCAUGUUUGUGCCGUUCGCCAGCCGCGAGGACGUUGACUUCUUCCAAAGCUUGGAGAUGCAGCUCGCCGCGCAGCAGCCCCCUCUGGCUGGUCGAGACCACCUGAUCUACCGUGGUUACUAUGCACCAUCCAAGGGCGUCAUUGAUGGCGACCUUUGCGAGAUGUAUUUCUUGCUGCCCAACGAUACGAAGAUGAUGAUUGCGGCGGAGCUGGAUCGCUCCGUCCGCGAGAUCGAACGCAAGAUCUCUGACAUGCGAACUCGGGUGGCGUACUAA